AAUCCUCACGGGGCCCCGUGUGCCCGGUUCGCGCUCAUGAGACUCACAGUGGGUGGCGGGUUCGAGCCCCGCGUUGGGCGAAAGGUUCCCACCACACUAUCCGAGCCUCGCGGCCCCUUUCCAACUCGGCCCCUUCUGCGACUCGUCAGAAAGACCUCUGGUGGUGGGGGAAACCGACAACACGGCCUAGUGGAAAGCGCCGCUUCCCCGCCCUCGGCGAGCUCGGCUCCGCCCCGCGGAAGGGAGCCGAGCAGCCGGGUCCGUGAGGGGAAAGAUGUUGGGCGCCGCUCGGCGGCAUGUGGCCUGCGCUUUGUCGGGCGGCGUGGACAGCGCCGUGGCGGCCCUGCUGCUGCGGCGGAGAGGGUACCAAGUGACUGGAGUGUUUAUGAAGAACUGGGACAUUGUGGACGAACAAGGAAUCUGUACUGCUGACAAAGACUGUGAAGAUGCUUACAAAGUUUGUCAGAUACUAGACAUUCCAUUUCACCAGGUUUCCUAUGUAAAAGAAUAUUGGAAUGAAGUCUUUAGCUACCUUUUAAAUGAAUGUGAAUUGGGAAGGACUCCUAAUCCUGAUAUUAUAUGCAAUAAGUACAUCAAAUUCAAUUAUUUCCUCGAUUAUGCUGUGAAUAACCUUGGAGCAGAUGCAAUUGCCACUGGACAUUAUGCAAGGACUUCUUUGGAAGACAAUGAAGUAUUUCAGCAAAAAUACAUACGCAGGCCAGAAGGACUUUUCAGGAAUCGAUUUGAAGUAAGAAAUGCUGUAAAACUUCUUCAGGGAGCUGAUCAUUUUAAAGAUCAGACAUUCUUUCUCAGUCAGAUCUCACAAGAAGCCUUGCGGAGAACCAUUUUUCCUCUAGGAGAGUUAACAAAAGACUUUGUAAAGAAGAUAGCUGCGGAACAUCAACUUCACCAUGUACUGCAGAGAAAAGAGAGCAUGGGAAUCUGUUUUAUCGGCGAAAGGAAUUUUGAAAAGUUCCUUCUGGAGUAUUUAGAGCCCUGUCCAGGCAACUUUGUUUCCAUUGAAGACAACAAGGUCAUUGGAACACACAGAGGUUGUUUCUUGUAUACAUAUGGCCAGAGAGCCAGGCUAGGAGGCCUCAAAGAUGCUUGGUUUGUUGUAGAUAAAAAUAUUGCCUCUAGGGAUAUCUUUGUGGCACCCUCUACAGACCAUCCUGCACUUUACAGAGAUCUCUUGCGGACAAACAGGGUUCACUGGAUCGCAGAGGAACCUCCCGCAGAGCUGAUUCAGAACAAAAUGAUGGAAUGUCAUUUCCGCUUCCAACACCAGAUGGCACAAGAGCCUUGCACCUUAACUCUAAAUCAGGAUGGGACUGUAUGGGUGACAAUGGUCAAGCCAAUCAGGGCUCUUACCCCAGGCCAGUUUGCUGUUUUCUACAAGGGUGAUGAAUGUCUUGGCAGUGGAAAGAUUUUGAGACUGGGUCCUUCGGUGUAUACUUUGCAGCAGGGCAGAAACAGGGAAAAGACGGCUGGGAAUGGGCCUGCUGAUGAGGUCAAGGUAGAACCAGCCACGUGACUGCUUUUUUUCAUGCAAAGACUUUGUUACUUAAAAGAUGUUGAAUUAAAAGAGAGAUCAAGAUCAAAUGGUCUUACAGUUGCAAGAAGACAUAUGAAUACACACAUUGACGUAUUUGUUGGGAUAUUUUCACGAGGUGAAUUAAGAUAAUACUUUAGAGGUUUUUUAAAAAAUGAAAUAUUGUUGACAUGAUGAGCGACCUAUGGUGGUGAGCAACAGAAGAAGAUUAACUGUUCCUAAGUCACUGCGGUCCUCUGCAAGGAAUUCCCACACGGCAGGUUGAUGUUACCAGCCUUGAUGUCACGUUUUCAGACAUAUUUGUAAUGCAGAGUUGGUUUUCCAAUGGGCCUGGUGCCUGAAGCCAGCUCCCCAGAGAGCACGUCCUUGAGGAACCUUCCAACUUCCAUUCUGUGGUCACGACCAAGCCAGCAGUUGGGAAAACUCCAUAGCACCUGGAAAACUAGGAAAUGUGGAAUAAUGUUCCGGCUGUUUGCUGAAUCUCCUCCUAGAUUUCUCUAACCUUGAAAGAGUGGCCUUUCCUUAUCAGCUUGUGUAGCGUUCCCUGCGAUAGAAGGAAAUACAGCCAUUUAAACAUUUUGCUUGAUGCAGACAUGACAAUUUGGAACACAGGAAGCCCCUUAUACUGAGUCCAAUCAUUGUUCCAUCUAGCCACAGCACUGGUUAAUUCUAUUUAUAUUGUAAACUGCCCUGUGAUCUUCAGAUGAACGUCAGUAUAUAAAAUCAACCGAUCAAUUACUUAAUUAAAAGACAGUGAGCAAAACCUUCUGGCAACAUCAGGGGGAAAGCCUUCUGUUAGUACGGCACCUCUUUCGUCUAAUGAGGCUUGUGCAUGAGAGAUUCUCCAUGAAUUCUCCCCGGAGUCUGAGAUUGUAAACUUUAUUAAGCUUUUUCCAACAGCGUGUUUCUUCCAUGGAUCAAAAUUGUGCCUCUGUGAGGAAAGGUGCUAUAGCUUUUCAGGCUCAAAAUUAUGUAUUAUUGAAGAACAGUUUCCAUUUUCCACACUUGUUAAAUAAAUCAUUUGCGAGUUCCUAUGGCAACUAUAAUAAAGUGCUUAUGAGUUACUAUACAUCCAGGAAUAUAAUAUGAACAAA